AUGUUCAAUACCCUGUUUCCGCCAUCAAAGCCCAAAGCUCAGGAAGAUGUCGAAAAACAUGAGGCUCGGCUGGCAUCAGCAUUCGACAUCGACUGGUCGUCGAGGAUUCUGGGCUUCGACCACUUGUCGGUCCCAUUAGAAAGGCAACACAAGAAAUCCUACCCAAUAUUGAAGAAGACUUACUGGGAUGGCAUCCAGCUGGUCAAAGAUGACCAGUCCAAUAACUCUGCAUCCAAAGUAAAGAAUGAGAUGCGAACACUCCCGGUAGCCCCAUUCAAGGUUCUUGACGCACCAAGCUUGAGGGAUGAUUACUACUGCUCAAUCCUGGCCUUCUCACCUGUCUAUCAGACACUAGCUGUCGGUCUAGGCACGAGACUCUAUAGCUGGUCGGAGGAAACGGGUGUGCAGACACUGGAGGAUAACGGUCCAAGUGAUUCAUCGUGGCUGACUACAGUCGACUUCUCUUCGAGGCAAGGGAGGAAAUGCAUCCUCGCCUACGGUCGGUCGAACGGACUCUUGAAUCUCAUGUCCCUAUGGGAUGCGCCCACACUCUAUGACCGCCAGUACCCUCGUUUUCGAUUCGCUCCCCAUGUAGAAGAGGCACCAGUCGCAUGUAACGAAGAUCUCCUCGUCGGUGACGAACACGGCAAUAUUUUUUACUACGCCGUCGAAUGGCCCUUGACCUUCGAGACCUUUCGCCACAAUUGGCGAGGGAGUGUCCAAUGCCUCGCCUAUAUCUCAGCUCACACGCAGCAAAUAUGUGGGCUCUCCUGGUCUCCCAGCGGCGAUCUGUUCGCGACCGGAGGCAAUGACAACAUGUGCUUUCUCUUUGAGACCGAGAAGGUCACAACGUUUCAAGAGGAAAGCGAUCCCGAUCAGGACAUGAGCAGGCUCUUCGCUGCCUUCCGAGAGCCAAUUCCGCCCCAGGGAUUUAACCUCAGACAAUUCUUGGGAAGUAUGGCCCCUGAGACAGGUCCAUCAACGUCAUCGCCAAUGCCCGCAGCUGGAGAUGCCUCGUCGAGCCAGCGCCAAAUAUCGAAUUCUUCGUCUGGCAGCGCUGGUAGCCGACUCACUGCGAUGGAAUCCAUUGACGACCGCAUUUCAAGCAUACCUGCGCCUUCGCUCUUCGCAAGUUUCUUCCGCCCAAACACAACCACACGCUUCUGGGAUUUGAAUCGUCUCGUUGCCGAGCGUGUGCAACCUCGCUAUCCACCGUCCCUGCCGAGCAAUGUUCCCGUCGCCUCUGAACAAUUUCGCAACCCCAUUUCCGACACUUCUGGGGAGCCACGCCACGUCGAGGAGCGACAUGCGAAGCAUCGUUGGGAACAUACGGCGGCCGUGAAAGCCAUCGCAUUCUGUCCUUGGCGUAAAGGCCUCGUCGCCACUGGCGGUGGCUCCCACGACAAGUGCGUCCAUUUCUAUCACACGACGUCAGGGGUUGCGCUUGCAACCAUCGCUGAGGGCGAGCACCGUGCACUCUACGCUGUAUCAUACCCACGGGGCCCACCGGACCGGAAAGCAGCCAGAGAUGCUACUGGACAGUCGAGAGAUUGGAGAAAUAGAGAGAAGAAGAGGAACCGGACUUUCAUGGAGGGUUGCAUUGUUGUAGCAGGCAGCGAUGAGAGUAUCAAGUUCCAUGAGGUGUGGUCCGGUGGAAAGAAGGCUACCGUUGGCGGCGUGGGGCUGUUGGGUGGGAGUGACAUCCUCGAGGAUCUAGAAGGAAUCGAGAAGGAAGGUGAUAUCAUUCGCUAA